GCCGGUUACACUUCGGAGAGCCUUUCAGGAAAGCACAGGGCAGGGGGCAGACAAGCCGGGUGGGGGCGGGUGGCAGGCAGGCCCAGCCUGGGUACUAGCCCAGGGACACCCACGGGAGCACCCAUGAACUAGAGAUGGUGCAACCCGGGCGCGCACGUGUGUGCAGCCCGCUGCAUGUCUCUAUACCCUGUGGGCACCUGUCGUGUGAGUAGCUGCGGGUGUGGCUGUUCCUGGAUGCUGUGGGUGUCAGUGAGGUUUGUACCUUCGGGCCUGCCUCCCCCGUCUCCAGAGGGAAACUAAGAAGUUUAACUGAGCAGGGACACUGAGGAGAUUAAGGGAGUGGAUCUCAGAAGCGAGGCGGAGAGGGUGGGGACUGCGGGCACAGCGGGUAGGGAAGCACCUAGUUAACCCAUCUCCCAGCCAGAAAAAAAAAAGCAUCUUGAAAAGGCUGGCGUGACCCAUGUGCUCUGAAAUGUCUAGAGAGCCCCGAGCGGUGAUGAUCACAGAGUGAGUGGCGCUGGGCUGAGCCUGUCUAAAUCGUGGACCAGAGGGAUGCUAGCAUUUAGAAAGGCCAGGAGGAAACUCAGGAUGGGCACCAUCUGCUCUCCCAAUCCCAGCGGGACAAAGGCAGCCUCGGAGGUCUGCAAUGCUGACUGGAUGGCCUCGCUCCCCCCUCACCUCCACCACGUCCCCCUUUCCAAUCUGGCAAUCCCAGGCUCCCAUGAUUCAUUCAGCUACUGGGUAGAUGAAAAGUCCCCAGUGGGGCCUGACCAAACCCAAGCUGUCAAACGCCUCGCCCGGAUCUCCUUGGUGAAGAAGCUAAUGAAGAAGUGGUCUGUAACUCAGAACCUGACCUUCCGGGAGCAGCUGGAGGCUGGCAUCCGCUACUUUGACCUGCGUGUGUCUUCCAAGCCGGGGGACACCGACCAAGAGAUCUAUUUCAUCCAUGGGCUCUUUGGCAUCAAGGUUUGGGAUGGGUUGAUGGAGAUUGAUGCAUUCCUCACUCAGCACCCGCAAGAGAUCAUCUUCCUGGAUUUCAACCACUUCUACGCCAUGGAUGAGGCCCACCACAAAUGCCUGGUUCUGCGGAUCCAGGAGGCCUUCGGGAACAAGCUGUGCCCAGUCUGCAGCGUGGAAAGCAUGACACUGCGAAGCCUGUGGGAGAAGAAAUGCCAGGUUCUCAUUUUCUACCACUGCCCCUUCUACAAGCAAUACCCAUUCCUGUGGCCAGGAAAGAAGAUUCCAGCACCCUGGGCAAACACCACGAGUGUGCAAAAACUGAUCCUCUUCUUGGAGACCACCCUGAGUGAGCGAGCCCCACGUGGGGCCUUCCAUGUCUCCCAGGCCAUCCUCACCCCAAGAGUGAAGACCAUUGCCCGAGGCCUGGUGGGGGGUCUCAAGAACACACUAGUUCACAGGAAUCUCCCGGCCAUCCUCGACUGGGUGAAGACUCAAAAGCCUGGAGCCAUGGGUGUCAACAUCAUCACAUCUGACUUCGUGGACCUGGUGGACUUUGCCACAACCGUGAUUGAGUUGAAUGACCUUCUAGAGGACCGAGCUCUGACUAAGUGUUGAAUUGAUGCUUUGUUUAAUUUGAUGUUGAGAUUGUUGAGCUAAGGUAGGAUUCUUGAAGGUUCCAGUUAGGAAGGCUCACUGCUGGUCAGUCCCGGAGAAGUGAGGAAGAGAAAGAGGGCCCUCCCCCUUUCCUCACGUAGCUAUUUGGAUAAAACUCUGGGGAUUUUCAUUGCAUUUCCCUAAAUAAGACUUUUAAAAACUUAAGUCUAAGGGAAGAAUGCGUAUUUUAUAUGGUCAAGGUCAGGAUCUCCCCAAUGGCUUAUGGUGGCAAAUAGAAGGUGGAAGUAUAGUUUCCUGAUUCCACGGGUUAUGCAACAUCUUAAUUGACCCAGCUUCCUAUCGUCUUCUGGGGGCACUUGAGCCUGUGUGAAGACUAGAUCGGAAAGGCAUUCCUGGUCAGAAGAACAGCAAUGGCGCAUGCAGUCAUGGACCACCCUCUGGGAGGUCUUUGCCAUUAACCAAGAACUCUGAGGGGCUCCUAGGGAGCCAUGCUCCAGGUUCUCUCUUGAACUGUACAAUAUCACCACUUCUGUACGAGAGCAAGAUGUGUUUAUUACCACACUGUUCAGCCACAGGCUGGCUCCGGAAGUGGUCCCCUUAAGUUUUCAUGUAAACAGUGCACACUACCCUUGGCAUCAGAACUGUAUUUCCCUGUCUUAAAGUAUUGAUUCCUUUCAUUUCCUUUUGGGCCCCCUCUUUAAAAAUGAAAGGAAUUGCGGUGGGGAAUCAUUUGCGCGAGGGCCCAAUAAGAGCUAAAUAUGCAUGUUUACUGCAUGCCAGAAUUCUUUGAUUUAAUCCUGUAGCUUUCUCCCCAAGUGACUAUCGGGAAAGUACCUGCGUCAUUUUGGCACAGUCUUCUUUGGAGCGAGGUCUUCAAGCUGACACUGGAAUCGACACUUGAUGGUUGUCUACCUGGGACCUGGUCUGCUGCGGGACACAACGCUAACCCGAAGGCUGCUUGUCCGUGACACACUGGAGGCUGACACAGGAUGUGUGGGAAUGUGCAAUGGCAUUAAAGGAGAAAGUUCCAAGUGGGUUUGGAGCCAGUCUGUAACUCCUCGCAAACAAGACUACCUCGGGGAUAUUUAGGGUGACUUGUAUAUCGUCAAGUGAGAAAAAAAAAAAA